GGUACCUGUGUUUCACUCUGUUGACUGUAUAUUAAUUUGCUGUUCGAAGUAACUGGCUAGGGCAAGGAAAGCUAAGAAGAUGACCUCAAAUCAUGAUGGAAAUCUUGAUAAUUUGGAAGAUGACGAAUUGGGGAGUUGGGAAGAGAUGGAAGAUAGUGGGGUGUUGGAUGAACGUCUUGAGAAGCAACUAAAAUCAAACCAGAUGAUGGCAGACAGAGACAGACAGUCACAAGCUCCCAUCAUGCUUCAAGAGGACUCAAUAAGGACUGCAUAUCAACCACAGCUGAAGAUUCUCAGGAGACCCACAGGAUCUGAUGGCAGUGAAGAUCUCGGCAAGGAAUCCAAGCAGGCAGUGGCGCAGACUAAAUCCCUAGCUGAGAGGGAAGCGGCUUAUGCAGCAGCAAGGAGGAGAAUUAUGGGCUCAGCAGCAAACAGUGAGGAAUCAAGGCAAGACGUAACUCUAGCCAAGCCAUCAACAAGUAGCACGAGACUAGAUGUUGAGUCUGGGAAACGCCAACCAGCUAAGGGCAAGAGGUAACAGCAGGUGCCGAUUUCACUCCACACCUGCACACCUGUGUACAUUAUUAGUUGAUGAAUAAAGGCAUAUUUUUAUUUACUACAGUUUUUUAUCCAAACUUAUCUCACUUUAUACUGGACUGAUUUGAAGCUGCAGUAGUGGGUCAUUCUGUAAAUUAGGGGUCCAAUGUUUUUUGUUUCCCUGUCACAUCUGACAUAUGAUUUUGUAGGAUCA